UGAGUGUUAUUAUUCCUAGGUUUAACCAAAAAGUGCUGAAAACGUGUGACUUGAAGUUUUAGAAUGAUUGACAGGUAAAGUGAGUGGUCAUAAAACAAGGUUAGACUGAUAGAUAAAAGAAUAUUGGAAAAAUAAGCAUAGCAACGAUCUGGUGUUGAGAUAGAAGUGUCAUUCUAAGGAUUGUGUCUAAAAAAUGUCAGAUUAUUUUGAAGAAAUGGGUUGGACACCGUUGAGAGAUGGUGAAGCACCAAAUCAUUUAAUACAAAUGGCUAGAUUGUUACGAGAUUUUGGUAUGUGGGAUUUGUUAGGACAAACAACCAGGUUACCACCACCUGCGUCAAAAUCUGCAAUUGAAAAUUUACAAGAGAUCGAAAUUGGUGCAUCAGAUUCAAAACAGUGUCCUGUCUGUUUGAAAGAUUUUGAGACAGGAAUAUUUGCGAAACGCAUGCCUUGUAAACAUAUUUUUCAUCAAGAAUGUAUAAUACCGUGGUUAGAAAAGACAAAUUCGUGUCCGCUCUGCAGAUACCAGUUACCAACAGAUGAUGAAGACUAUGAGAUGUACAGAAAGGAAAAGCAACGUGCAAUUGAUAGGGAAAAAGAUCUCGAAACUUUACACAAUUCAAUGUUUCUAUAGAAAUAUAUGUAUAUUUGUUUAUAAACA